UCCAGCAGGUGGGCUGAAAUCAAUUGACAGAAAAAUCAUAAGUAGAACAUUUUUAAAAAUGUAUGACUUAAACGCCUGCUAUCAUGCUGGCCAUAUCCCGGUGACAGCAUAUGGUACAAAUGGUACGUUACAAAAAGAUAGUUCCGAUAACACAUUUAUUGGCUUUGACGAACACAGAUCUAUUAUACCAGGAUAUAUCCACAAAAAGUUUUUCACUUUCAAGUUGCCAUUUUCCUUACUAGAUACUACAUGUCCUGACCAACUCCAAGAACAUAUGCACCUUUUGCCUUCAUUUGGAUUUGAUGAAGAUAGUUUAGGUACUUUGGACGAAAACUUAGAAAUAGAUCCUAUUUUGGGAUACAAAAGGUGCGAGGAAGUGUAUGGAAGUCCCAUCAAGGUUAAUGAUAUGGCAUUAAAAGGCCAGUCAAUAUCAUACUUUAUUCGCGUUCAGAUGAUUGGCAGACAUGAUGUCGCUGAAAAGUUCAUACGUAAGAUGCCAAAGAGCAACAAUAGUCCAUUCGUGGUUCUCAAAAACGAAAAUUACCACUUCAGAGUAGAUGCCAGUGAUUACCAAGCAACAGUAAAUCUCUCAGAAUCAGUUAUCGGCUGCAAUCAUCUAAUUAGCAGGAAUAUCAGAACUUACGAACAACUGACGCAUUUUGAGAAUUUUGUCAUCAAAACACUCCAAGAACUGAAAACUAAAAAGCAGUUGAUAGAAGGAGGCAUUGUCAAUAGACGAGAGCAAGAUGAAAUUGUUGCAUCUUUAGAAGUGGAUGAAUCAAAAAAGCUUACACAAUUUCCUAGCUCCACCAAUUUUCAUGAAGAAAUCGUAAGAAGUGACUCUGAUAAUUAUCUCCAUUAUGAUUCAAUGAAGUUGGGGAAAGAUUUGUUUGGUAGGUCUGGAGGUGAGGUUAUAAUUAAGGCGUCAAUGUCAAGAGACAGUUCUAUUCAUUCCGUAAAAAGUUUUGCAUUAAAAGAAAAGCAUUCGCAUUCUAAUUUGUCUUCAAAGUCCGGUGGCGGACCAGAAUUGCUCCCUUUGCGGGCAAUUGAUAACGGCAGAAAUCACAGUGUUCCUAUCAAAUCUCUAAGUUCCGAUAGCUCUACAAGUCUAGAUACUAUCAGAUCUUUGCAUAGUCUGAAGCAAAUCAAUCAAGAACAUUGCUUUGUGGAUUUAGAUCUUACAUUUAUACCGGACAAUAGAUUAGCAUUUAAGCCGGAAUUACCUCAAAGCUUAACGGUCGAUUCGACGCUAAAGGCAAUGAAUAUUUAUUCCACAUUCCCAAUACCAGUUUCAAUAGACGGUGAGUUCUUAAUGGACGAGCAGUUGCUACAAUAUACCCUUCCAAAUAUUCGACGUCAAUUUGAUUCAUAUCUCAUAGAACUAAAACAGUUGGUUGGAAAAGUGCCAGUUCCUCGCCCGUUCUACAAUAGUGUGAACUCUUUAAGCAAGCUUUCUGCAAAGGAAGCAUAUGUUCCAAAGUUCGAAUUUUUGAGUGAGACGAUCAAUUUACAAAACAAAUGGAAGUUUGACGAGAAAAAUAACGUUUAUAAAGCAUGCGUCAAGUUUCCACUUGCAAUGGGCUCGAAACAAAUUUCUAAUAGCACAAUCUGUUUAGUACCUACGUUUGAGAGUUGCUUGGUCAAUCAAUUCUACAUGGUCCAUUUUCAUGUUUCCAUGAAAAAAUCAAAAAAAUAUUGUGUUUUCAAGUUCCCAUUGAAAGUUAUUUAGCUGGUGGGUACGUUAUGCAGAAACGCUGAAAAAGGCAGCAACC